AUGCCCCCGCCGCAUGCAGCGACUUUCUUUAUCAAGAAACAGUUUGUUGUCGCCGUGAAGCUGUCUGCUCAUCUGACGGACAAUCCAUCUCUCUGGCGGACACGUCGCCAGGUGUACAGUGGCCAGGCGCUCACUCUGAUGCAACUGUUUUGGCCACAGCAUAUGCCUAUCGUACUACGCGAGUGCUUUGGUGUUUACCUUCGAUCGGAGCGUGGCUCGCUCGUCUCAGAAGCUCUGCAACUCGUACUAGGGUCCUCUAUCAGCGGUUCACCCCUCUACGUCUUGGAUUUGUCACUGACAUCUCAGGAGAAGAUCCCGGAGAUGGACUCCGGCAGGCCUGACUCCCGUCCUCGGAAGAGGACGCGGAAGUGUGGGGGGUGUAGGGAGAGGACUGGGGAGAGGGAUGUGAGGUGA